AUGAGUAUGUUGAUUGUUGUUCUAAUGGGCGUUCUCAGCAUAGUUGAUGGUCUGUCCACAUACACGGCAACUCCGGGCGGUAAAGAGAGGAACGAGUCACAUGUCUCGGCAUUGUUUGUGUUGGGGGAUUCCUCGGUUGAUUGUGGAGACAACACUCUGUUCUACCCCUUGCUUCACGGUCGUCUCUCUUUGUAUCCAUGUAACGGCUCUGACGCCACCCUUCUUCCUCAACUUCUUGCUGAGAAGAUGGGCUUCACAUCAAUCCGGCCAUUUUAUGGUCAAAAUGGAUCACUGGAGGAGGUUCUUGGUGGUCUUAACUUCGGGUCAACACAAGCUACGAUCAUGAACCAGGGACGCUACAGCCAUCAGUCUCUCAACCAACAACUACGCCAGGUUUCCGAAACAAUGCAGCUGUUGCAACUGCAGCUGAGUGAGGACACUGCUCUCCAAUUUACAAAAUCCUCCAUCUUUUUCCUCUCCUUUGGCAAGGAAGAUUACAUUGAGCUAUUCCUCCAUAACUCUUCCGGUUCCAACCAAACGUUCCAGCAGGGUGCCCAAUAUUUUGCUACCAUUUUGGUCAACCAAAUGGCAAAUGCUGCUAGGUAUCUUUAUAAUGCAAAUGCAAGGAAAAUCACAUGUUUGGGAAUCCUGCCUUUGGGAUGCACACCUCGUUUGGCGUGGCAGUUGAAUAGCACGACAUCAGCUGGAGAUUAUAAUGCAAACGGUUGUGUGGAACAUGUCAAUGACAUGAUCUUUGAAUACAAUAGAUUGCUGGAUGAGCAAAUAGACAAGCUUAAUACAGAAUUUACUGAUGCUCAGAUAGUGUUCUGUGAUGUAUACAAUGGAAUGAUGGAGAUUAUCAACCGGCCAAGGCUUUAUGGUUUUGAAGAUGUGAAGAGAGCAUGUUGCGGACUUGGUUUGAAUGGUGCCAUGAUAGGGUGCAUCUCCGUGGACAUGGCCUGUGAUCAAGCUUCAACUCAUGUUUGGUGGGAUUUGUUCAACCCUACACAAACAGUCAACAAAAUCCUAGCUGAUGCAGCCUGGUCUGGCCAACCAAUUGCCGAUCUUUGUCGCCCUAUCAGCAUCCAUGAGCUAGCUAGCAUGAAAGUCUAG